CGCCGGAAGCGCCUUUCCCGGAAGGCUGGGGGGCGGCGCCGGCCUCCGGUGCCUCGGGGAUGGCUGCGGCGCACCGGGCGGUCGCUCUCUGAGCUGAGCUGCGCCGCGGGAGGAUGGCCUCGCUCGGAUCGGCCGCGGCGGGGGAGCAGGCGGCUGGGGCUGAGGCGGAGCUGGGCCCUCCGGCCCAGCAGCCCCCGCCUCCCGCUCCGUCGCCGUCCGCCCUCGGGCCGCUCCUGCCGCUGCAGCGUGAGCCGCUUUACAACUGGCAGGCAACCAAAGCGUCGCUGAAGGAGCGCUUCGCCUUCCUCUUCAAUUCCGAGCUGCUCAGCGAUGUGCGCUUCGUGCUCGGCAAGGGCCGCGGUGUCGCGGCCGCCGGGGGUCCGCAGCGCAUCCCCGCCCACCGCUUCGUACUGGCGGCGGGCAGCGCGGUCUUCGACGCCAUGUUCAACGGCGGCAUGGCCACAACGUCGGCGGAGAUCGAGCUGCCGGACGUGGAGCCCGCCGCCUUCCUGGCGCUGCUGAGAUUUCUAUAUUCAGAUGAAGUUCAAAUUGGUCCAGAAACAGUUAUGACCACUCUUUAUACCGCUAAGAAAUAUGCAGUUCCUGCCCUGGAAGCACAUUGUGUAGAAUUUCUCACCAAACAUCUUAGGGCAGAUAAUGCCUUUAUGUUGCUUACUCAGGCACGGUUAUUUGAUGAGCCUCAGCUUGCUAGUCUUUGUCUAGACACAAUAGACAAAAGCACUAUGGAUGCAAUAAGUGCAGAAGGAUUUACUGAUAUUGACAUAGAUACACUCUGUGCAGUUCUAGAAAGAGACACACUUAGUAUUCGAGAAAGUAGACUUUUUGGAGCUGUUGUACGCUGGGCAGAAGCAGAAUGUCAGAGACAACAAUUGCCUGUCACUUGUGGAAACAAACAGAAAGUUCUAGGAAAAGCGCUUUCCUUAAUCCGGUUCCCACUGAUGACAAUUGAGGAAUUUGCAGCAGGUCCUGCUCAAUCUGGAAUUUUGUCAGAUCGUGAAGUUGUAAACCUCUUUCUUCAUUUUACUGUCAAUCCUAAACCCAGAGUCGAAUACAUUGAUCGACCACGAUGCUGCCUCAGAGGAAAAGAAUGCUGCAUCAAUAGAUUCCAGCAAGUGGAGAGCCGCUGGGGCUACAGUGGAACAAGUGAUCGAAUCAGGUUCACAGUUAAUAGAAGAAUCUCUAUAGUUGGAUUUGGUUUAUAUGGAUCUAUUCAUGGUCCUACAGAUUAUCAAGUAAAUAUACAGAUCAUUGAAUAUGAGAAAAAACAAACCCUGGGGCAAAAUGACACUGGAUUUAGUUGUGAUGGGACUGCUAACACAUUCAGGGUCAUGUUCAAAGAACCUAUAGAAAUCCUGCCCAAUGUGUGCUACACAGCCUGUGCGACACUCAAGGGCCCAGAUUCUCACUAUGGCACAAAAGGACUGAAGAAAGUAGUGCAUGAGACGCCUGCUGCAAGCAAGACGGUUUUUUUAUUUUUCAGUUCCCCUGGCAAUAAUAAUGGCACUUCCAUAGAAGAUGGACAGAUACCAGAAAUAAUAUUUUAUACAUAAUUUAGUGUUAUAACCAUUCAGUCAAAUCUCAAAAGCAUAAACAACUGGCCAUGAAUAGUUUGAGUGUUGUAUUUAUUAUUAUAGGAUAAGAAACAUUUUAGUUUCUUAGUGGAAAUUAAAAAAAAAAGAUUUUAAAUCUCUGCAUGAUUUAAAGGGGAUUUUCCAUUUUCUUGUUAACCCUACAGAAAAAAAAGAGAACUGGGUUUAAUUGUGUUUUUUAAAAAACAAAAGCACAGCCUUUUCAGCUUCAUCUUGUAUAAUUUCAUAGAUCCAUUGACUCAUGGUCUUUCAAUAGUUUUUUUACAGUUGAAAGAUUCUUAUUAUAUAUAGCAAAUGUGGGAAUCUUUUUAAUUUUUGUUUUAAAUAUUUUGAAAGUAGAUGAGAUAGGUCAGUAUUAUAAAUUUGUUUUAACUCUAGUAACUAAUUUCAGAAAAUUAGGAAAACUGACUUUAUAGUUAGGGUUUUGAAAUAUCUGAUUGUUAGCAUUUAGAUUAAUGCUAAAAAUAGGCCUAAAAAAUACCCAAGAAAGAUUUCAAUGCCUUUAUAGAAAAGGAUAUUUUUAGCAAUGUAUUGCAUAGUACUGUUUUAAAGAUGUAAGUAGGGUUUGUAUAAAUUCACAAUAAUGUAAUAUCAACAAAGAUCUAAAGGGAUGAACUAAGACUGGAUUCUUUAUCACAACCCAUCCCACUAUGCCUGUCCUGGAUGCUCCCAGUAAUUCCCAGAAUUGAGAUAUAAUGGUGAUGACAGAUACCACUUUAGCAUUGCGAUUAACCUUACACAGCAAGAAAGGGAAUAAAAUACUAAGAUUUCUGGCAGCUGCUGUGAAAUCUUAAAGCUGUCCAACAGAAUCACUGCUACUGAAAGAAGGCUUUGUUACCCAUACAGUUCUAGCUGAGAAAUAAAAUAUGCUUAAUUUGUGUGACCUCAUUAAUGUGACUGGCACAUUAAUAUUAGGAGUGAUCAGAAGUUAUUCUGGCAGUAUGUCAUUUCUACACUUUUAUGUAAAUCAGAUUUGUGAAAUUAACAUUUUUUCCUUAUGAUUACCUUACAAAAACCUUUGUGUAAUUAAUCUUUAGGUAUAUCAUUACAUCAGACAUCUGUGGAAAAUUAUUAAAAAUUCCUUUUAAGUUUCAGCUUAAAAAUUUUUUCUAAAGAUAGGUGUUUUCAUCAAAAGUAAUAUUUUAUAUUUUCGAAAAGGUAAGAUGGUGAAGGUAGGCCAAGGUCUCUUGAAAUUGCUGGAAAAAGGGGAAUUUUUUUUUUUUUUGUCUCUGAUACCAUGAUCUUAAUGGAUAUAAGCCUCAAUUAGCUGGAAUACCUGUGGAAUGUGUGGUUCUACUUAAGAUUAGCAAACACUGUAGUAACCACUAUGGGAGAAGUACUUCUUCCUUAACAAGUAUUGUAUGACUGAGGUAAGUUAGAGGGGGUUUUGUUUUCAUCUGAGGCAUUUCACAUGCCUGUGUUUUGUCUGAACAAUUAUAGAAUGUAAACAUGGAAGGUAUAAGAAACAGAACCACUUACUGACAUUGGGAUAUCACCUGGAAUUUUUGAAAAAUAAACUUACAUUUUUGUUUGU